AUGGCAGUCACAGUCACCCUCCUCCUCCUCCUCCUGUGCUUGUGUGGGCACCCCCAGGCUGCUGCAGACAGCAUCCAGACCGUCUAUGUGGUCUCAGGGGAGUCAGUGGAGCUGCCAUGUCCUUCACCACCCUCCCUACGUGGGGGCCAGCUCCUAACCUGGUUCCGCAGCCCUGCAGAAGGCUCCUCCACCAUCUUGGUGACCCAGAUCCAAGUAGACAGGCCAGUCUCAGAUCUGGGGAAACCUGAAAAUGAUUCAAGGUUCAAACCUCUUGGGAACUAUUCCUUAUUGCUGGAGGGGUCCAGGGAUGAAGAUGCUGGGCGGUACUGGUGCACUGUGAUGGAUCAGAACCACAAGUACCAGAACUGGAGGGUGUACGAUGUCUCCGUGCUCAAAGGAUCCCAGUUCUCUGUGAAGUCUCCAGAUGGCCCCUCUUGCUCUGCCCUCCUGUGCUCUGUGGUCCCCGCCAGGCGUCUGGACUCUGUGACCUGGCUAGAGGGGAGGAAUCCCGUGAGAGGACACGCUCAGUACUUUUGGGGAGAUGGGGCUGCCCUGCUAUUGGUGUGUCCUGGAGAGGGGCUUCCUGAGACCAGGGGCCGCAGGCCGAGGAACAUCCGAUGCCUUAUGCCUCAGAACAAAAGAUUCAGCUUUAGUCUGGCAGCUUCCACAGAACCUUCUCCCACAGUUUGUGCCUCUGUCCCGAGCUGGGAUGUGCCCCGGGUACUGAUGCUGUUGUUCACAGUGGGCCAAGGAGUCACCAUCAUAGUCCUCAGCAUUGUGCUCUGGAGGCGGAGAGCCCAGAGGUCUCCGGACAGAGAACCCUCAAUUCCUCACUUCAAACCUGAAGUCCAGGUCUAUGAGAACAUCCACUUGGCCCGCCUUGGGUAA